GUUCAGCAACAGGUUCACCCAAACCUUUCGGCAAAGGAAGAUUCCCUUUAUUAUAUCGAGGAGUUGAUACUUCAGCUGCUAAACAAACUAUGCAUUGCUCAGCCACGGACUGUCCAAGAUGUAGAGGAACGUGUUCAAAAGACGUUUCCUCAUCCAAUAGACAAGUGGGCGAUUGCCGAUGCACAGUCUGCUAUAGAGAAACGGAAAAGAAGAAACCCUCUCCUGCUGCCCGUGGACAAGAUACAUCCUUUAUUAAAGGAGGUCCUAGGUUAUAAAGUGGAUUACCAUGUCUCCCUGUAUAUUGUGGCUGUCUUAGAAUACAUCUCAGCUGACAUUUUAAAACUGGCUGGAAAUUACGUUUUCAAUAUUCGGCACUUUGAGAUCUCCCAGCAAGACAUAAAAGUAUCAAUGUGUGCUGAUAAGGUUUUAAUGGACAUGUUUGAUCAGGAUGACAUUGGUUUGGUUUCUCUCUGUGAAGAUGAACCUUCUUCUUCUGGGGAGCUCAACUACUAUGACCUAGUGAGAAACGAAAUUGCAGAAGAAAGACAAUAUCUGCGGGAGUUGAAUCUGAUAAUAAAAGUAUUUCGGGAAGCUUUCUUGUCUAACAGAAAGCUGUUCACACCAAAUGAUAUCGAUGUGAUAUUUAGCAACAUUUCAGAUAUUCAUGAGUUGACUGUGAAGCUUUUGGGAUUGAUCGAGGAUACUGUCGAAAUGACAGAUGAAAGUAGCCCUCAUCCUUUGGCUGGCAGCUGCUUUGAAGAUCUUGCAGAAGAACAAGCCUUUGAUCCUUACGAAACCUUGUCCCAGGAUAUUCUCUCCCCGCAGUUUCAUGAGCAUUUUAAUAACUUAAUGGCAAAACCUGCUGUUGCUCUCCAUUUUCAGUCUACUGCUGAAGGGUUUAAGGAAGCUGUGCGAUACGUCCUCCCACGCCUCAUGCUCAUCCCAGUCUAUCACUGUUUGCACUACUUUGAGUUACUACAGCAACUGCAGGAGUGCAGCGAAGACGAGGAGGAUCGGGAGUGCUUGAAACAGGCCAUCACCGCCCUGCUGACCCUGCAGUGCAGCAUGGAGCGCAUCUACAGCAAACACUCGCCGCGGCGGCGCCCGGGGGAGCCAGUCUGUCGCUUCUAUAACCGCCAAAUAAGAAGCAAGCAUUUGGCCAUCAAGAAAAUGAAUGAAAUCCAGAAAAAUAUUGAUGGCUGGGAAGGCAAGGAUAUCGGGCAGUGCUGCAACGAGUUCAUAAUGGAAGGUGCACUGACAAAAAUAGGAGCCAAGCAUGAGCGCCACAUCUUCCUCUUUGAUGGUUUGAUGAUCAGUUGUAAAACCAAUCACGGCCAGUCCCGGCUUCCCGGCUACAGCAACGCGGAGUAUCGCCUUAAAGAAAAAAUCACCAUGCGGAAAAUACAGAUUCUGGAUAAAGACGACACGUGUGAGUACAGACACGCUUUCGAACUCGUUUCUAAGGAUGAGAACAGCAUCCUGUUUGCCGCCAAGUCUGCCGAGGAGAAGAGCAACUGGAUGGCCGCGCUCAUCGCGCUGCAGUACCGCAGCACGCUGGACCGCAUGCUGGACGCGGUGCUGCUGCAGGAGGAGAACGAGCAGCCGCUGCGGCUGCCCAGCGCCAGCGCCUACCGCUUCGUGGUGGAGGACUCCGAGGAGAACAUCGUCUUCGAGGACAACCUGCAGAGCAGGAACGGGAUCCCUAUCAUUAAGGGAGGAACCGUGGUGAAAUUAAUUGAAAGGUUAACCUACCACAUGUAUGCAGAUCCUAAUUUUGUACGUACCUUCCUUACCACGUACCGCUCCUUUUGCAAGCCCCAGGAACUGCUGAGUUUGCUGAUUGAAAGGUUUGAAAUCCCGGAGCCCGAGCCCACCGAAGCGGACAGGCAGGCCAUCGAGAAGGGGGAGCAGCCCAUCGGCGCCGACCUCAAGCGCUUCCGCAAGGAAUACGUCCAGCCAGUCCAACUCAGAAUAUUAAACGUUUUUCGGCACUGGGUAGAACACCAUUUUUAUGAUUUUGAGAGGGAUCUGGAGCUGCUGGAGAGGUUGGAGACGUUCAUUUCGAGUGUAAGAGGAAAAUCCAUGAAGAAGUGGGUGGAAUCGAUUGCUAAAAUCAUCAAGAGAAAGAAAGCCCAAGCCAACGGCAUUAGCCACAACAUCACGUUUGAGAGCCCGCCGCCCCCGGUCGAGUGGCACAUCUGGCGCAUCGGGCACAGCGAGAGCCUCGACCUCAUGACGCUGCAUCCCAUAGAAAUCGCCCGGCAGCUGACGCUCCUGGAGUCGGACCUGUACAG